AUGUUCAUCCCGCGAUGCCUCAGCGACGUCACCAACCCGGCCAAGGAGAUCGACGCCGUGCGCGGCGGCCGACCACUCCUCCACGGCGCCGUCACGGGCCUCCGGAGCGACCUCAGCGGCACCAACACCGUUCCCGAGAUCCUCAAGGACCGACCAAACUGCUGA